CAAACAUUUCAUUCAUUCAAUAAACAAUGGCGGACUCAAUGCCGGCUCAAAUGUAUUUUUUCAAUCUAUUCUAAUUCGUACGUGAAACAAAUGUAUUUCUUUUAUAAUGUCAAAACAGGGAAAAAGAAAAAUAACUGUUGAGCUUCCGAAAACGAAAGAUCUAUCCAAUAGACCAAGUGUUUUUGAGCGUCUCGGUACCAAGAAAAGUUCCUCUGCUGCCAAAAAAACAACUGAACAUUGCAGACAGUGGGCGCAGCACGGUAGUUGCGUUUACGGUAAAAGUUGUAAAUUUGCAUCUACGCAUACGUUGAUAAGUCCGUCGAAGCAGCGCGCAGCUAACAAGGACACUGAGCAAAAGCGUUUGGUAAAAGAAGAUGGAAAAAAUAGACUUCAUUCAACAGUAGUUGUAAGGUCAGGCCGUAGCCCUGAUGGUGAAAUUGACAACUGGGACCAAAAUGACCUAGAGUAUGCGGAUACAGACGUACUUGAGAAAAGAAGGCAGCAACUUCAACGUGAAUUAGAGUUACAGUUGAAAAUGGACUCUGGCAAAGACAUGAGGAAGGAUAAAAAGAAACCUGUGUCCAGCACUUCAUCGUCUAGGAGUUCCAGUUCCUCAAGUGUUUCUUCGUCGUCUUCUGACGGCAGUUCAUCAUCUUCGUCCUCUGGCAGGGAUGCAAGGAGAAAAGUCAAAAAAGGUAAAUUGAAGAGAAACUCCAGUUCCUCAUCAGAUGGAGAUGUUCCAAGUAAAAAGAAAUUUGUUAAAACAGACCAGCUUAAAAGGGACAAAGCUGAUGGUAAAAAAGCUGCUUUGAAAAAAGAUGACAGGUUACUUAAGAAACAUGAUAUUGUGAAGAAAAAAUCUGUCACCAAAACACCUAUGGGAAAGAAGUCUUUGUCUCCAGGCAAGAAAUCAGGUGGUACUCCUCCAAUCACAUCAAAAAGCCUAUCAAAAACUGUGACAAAACAUGGUAAAUCUCCUCAGCGGAGAAAUAGGAGUACUUCUCCCCAUUCUAAAGAUAGGGAUAAAGACAGAGACCGCACUAAGGAAAAAGACAGAGAAAAGGACCGUGAAAAGGAUAGGGAUCGUACUAGAGGCCGCAGCCGGUCUCCGCGAAAAGGUAGGUCUAGAUCACCACGGAAGGACCAAAAAAAGAAAGAGAGUUCUGAUAGGAGUCGUCCUGUUUCACCUAAAAAGCAAGUAAGGAGAGAUGCUAGUUCUGACAGACAUAGGAAACGAUCAGUAAGCAGGGACAGAGAUAGAGGAAGGGAUCAUAAGGAUAGAUCUUUGGAAAGGAGAAAAGAUAAGCAUGAAGACAAGGACAGGCAUGACAGGAAAGAGAGACGUGAUAGAAAUAAAGAUAACAAGAGGGAUGAUAGCAAGCGAAGGGGGCGAGAUCGCGGCUUGGGCAACAGGGGUGGUUCUGACAAAGGUUUAGAAAAACCAAAUAAACCUAUGGAAAGACUGCUUCCUAGGCCUGAAGAACGACUGGCAGCCCUUGCUGCUAUCUCAAACAGAAAUCUUGAAACUGAUAAAAAUUCUACUACAUCUAAAGAGAGACAAGAUACACAGUCUGAGAGGGGUGGCCGAAAACAAGACAGGGUGGAAAGGGACCGUUCCACUAAGAGAGAUAGAUUGGAAAGCAUGGACAGGGAACAAGGUGAUUAUGAAAUGGGUAUAGACCGCCAGUAUGACAAUGAUCGUAAUAUGGAACAUUAUGAUAGGGGAGAUGACAGAUAUGACAAUGUAACUAGAGAUGAUGAUAGGUCACCAGGUUAUGGCAUGCAGGGCAGGGAGAGACACUAUGAUGCCGGGUAUGACAUGGCUGGACCUCCUAGAGGAUAUCCCGAAGAUGAUGACAGGAUGUAUGGAGAUCAUAUUGGAGAUCAUAGAGGAGUAGACAUGGGUUACGAUGAUCGCCAUCCACGCCGUGAUCGUUCGUGGGAAGGAAGAUCUACUUCUAUUGAUCGCGAACGGGGUUAUAUGCAUCCACAUAAAGACUGGGAUAACGAAGAUUAUCGCGCAGCAGAUGAUUGGGGCAGAGACCGACAUUGGCCCAUGCAUGAUCAGAUGAACGAGUGGGGUGAAAAGGAAGAAAUGGAAGGCUGGCAUCAUCGAGGUCAUCCUGGGCCACAUCGAGGUCGGGGCCAUGAUGACUACAGUAGAAUGAGAAUGGAUAUGGGCAGAGGCGACGGUAAAAGAAGAAUGGUGAGAAAUGAACCAGAGGCUCCGGCGAAAAGCACACCUCCCCCCGCACAAGCGGCCCCCGCCGCCCCUCCCAGGCCGGAUACCGAAGUCGAAGAUAAACCAAUACCAGACGAUCUCAGCGAAAUAAGCGAUGACCCUGAUGAUAUACUUGAAAGAGACGAUAUGGGUGAUCAGAAUAUGGACGAAGAUAGCCAAACUGCGCAACUAGUGGAUGAAAGCACUUCUAAAGUAGAAGGUUCCGAAAAAGAAUCUACUCAGGAUACUAGUGGUGCUGGUGAAGAGAAGGACAUCCAAGAAGUUAAAGAUGAAGAAGAUGUAACCAACUUAGAUUUUGAAGAAAUCUCAGAUGGUGAAUUGGAGGAAGAGAGGACUAGAGCUGGCUUGGGUGACGCUUUAGGUGUUGAUUGGGCAAGUUUAGUGGCAGAUGUGCACCGCCGUGAACAUACAGCCCCUACAGGUGGAGCUAGGGAUCGCUGGAGGCCUGAACGAGUGUUAUCACGGCUUGGCUUGUCUUUUGAUAUGGCUGGCAAAGAUGUUGUUGAGAAAAUAUUGCAAAAGAACGCAGAAACACUUGAAUCCACAAAAUCUGAAGAUGGAAAUACAAACGAUACUGCUGAAGGGAAUAAAAAGAUGGAAAAUGGUGAACAAAAAGAGGAAAAGAAAAUAGAACCUCCUCCAGAUGUCAAUUCACUACAUCCUGUAGCUGCUAUUCAGGUAGCGAUUCAAAAGCGAAAGCGGCAACGUGCGUUGUUAUUUGGUUCCGGGUGUGAGAUCACUCGCGGGUUGAGCGCGAGACGCGACUUGGCGCUGCGCCGGUACCUGUGCCAGCUGCCGGCGGCGGAGCGCUCGGGGCAGACGCGCGCCGCUCCGCAGCCGGCGCUGUUCCACGCCGCACGGGCGCUGCUCUUGCAGGCGCCGGUCACUGGCUGACGAAGAUUCCAGGGUCUACCUGGGCCAUAAAACAAUGUGCAAUACCACCAUGAACAUCCUUUUGGCGGAUUCUAGUGUGACUGACUAUCCAUACAAACAUUAAAAGUGGAAAAGGGUUGAUUUUCCAUGUCACCCACCACCUUGGACUGUAUUAUCUAAGUGAUCUUCAAUAGACUUAGCAUGUUGAUUAUUUUUAAUGUGACUUUGUUCAUGUUCUUCCUUGUGUUAUGUGAUGUUUCUGCACCAUGUUUUUCUAUUACCAAUUAAUUUUUAUUGAAAACAUAAUUUGCAUAUAUUUGGCAAUAUAUCUGCAUAAUACAUUUUGUAAAUCAAUGGUUACAUCGCUUAAUUGAAGCAAAAAAUAUAUAAACAAUAUAUAAACUUUGAAUCACA